GUCGGGCAGAAUUCGUGGAGUACCAACAUCCGGUUGAAACAAUUUUAUUUUGUAGUUCAGAAGAAAACAAUUCUGCCACACAUCGGCAUGGACGGCAGCAGUAGCAAGCUAGUUAUGCACAACAUUACUCUUACUACUAUUUUCUGCAUCGUAUAUUUUAAAUGGAUCACUUCGAGGAAGAUUUAGUCGCUGCAUUAAGAGAAAUUGUCAAAGACGGAAACUGGCAAUGUGUAGGAAAGAAGUGUGAUUUUGACUCACCAUGCACAAAGCUGUACUCUGAGGAUGGUGAACACAUUGUCCUGGUUCACACAGAAGAUGACAGAUUCUGGGCUAUGGAUUCAUCCUGUCCCCAUGAAGGAGGCCCUCUUGACCUCGGUGACAUUGAGGACCUGGGAGAUGGGAAGAGGGUUCUGGUCUGUCCCUGGCAUCACUUUGACUUCUGCCUGGAGACAGGUGCCUCUUCCAUGGGACUACAGGUGACAGCUUUGCAAGAGAACCAGGUGUAUGAGGUCAGAGUUGUCCAAGACAUGAUUUAUAUCAACACACAGAAUGAGCUGUGUCUAAGUCCCAUCCCAGAGAUAGACACAUCUAAUGGCAAGUUGUCAGUAGAUGAUGUCGAGCCAUCACCCUCUGAGGACACACUGUGCUUCUGGGCUACAAAGAUCCUCUGCACACCAGACCCCAAAGAGAAGGUAGCCAUGACGCUGGAGGUCCAGGAGAGGUGGAACAGUGGGGAGAUCACAGAGGUGGGUCAGGCUACACCACCUGUCCAGCCAAGCAGGAAGGAGAACCUGACCGUACUGCAGCCGGGCAAAAUCAAGCGUGGCAAAGGUGGCACACAGGCUAGCAGGAUAGCCCUCCUCCACUCCCUGGCUAACAUAGAGCAGUGGGCUAUAGACCUGUCCUGGGACGUCAUCGCUCGCUUCUCAUCGGUCAGACUGGACACUGGAGAGCCCCUGCCCCGCCAGUUCUUCAGCGACUUUGUCAAAGUGGCCGGAGACGAGGCCAAGCAUUAUCACUUACUAGAGACGAGGAUCACAGAACUCGACAGCUUCUUUGGUGCGUUACCUGUUCAUAAUGGACUGUGGCAGUCAGCAACGGAUACGUCCCAUGACCUUCUGGCGAGGCUAGCCAUUGUGCAUAUGGUACAUGAAGCCAGGGGCCUAGAUGUGCACCCCCAGACCCUCUCCCGCUUCGCUGCCCAGGGGGACUGCAGCUCUGUGGAGGUGCUGGAGGUUAUCUACCGGGAUGAGAUCACUCACGUGGCCGCCGGGCUCCGCUGGUUCACCUACAUCUGUUCACAGGAAGAACGGGAUUGCUUAUCUACUUUCCAUGACUUGGUGAAGCAGCACUUCAAAGGUUACCUGAAGCCUCCUUUUAACACAGAGGGUAGGAAGACAGCAGGGAUGACAGAGGAGUGGUACGUGCCUCUUGUAAAGCCUCCCAGUUAACAGACAAUGUCCCCAGAGACCAGCAUGCUGUGACAAACAGUUGCUGCGUCCCAGCGGGUGGGGAAGCAGUUUCACACCAAAUCUCAUAACACCUGGAUGAAGGCCAAACUGUUACUAUUAAAGGUUUAAACUCAAACAUGUCAGUAGCCGUAUCAAUGUGGUAUUGCAAUCUAAUAUCUGAGCCCAAUGUAGAUGGGGUGGCAUUCGAUCAUUGGUUCAUUUGUGCAGUGCGACUGCAAUGUAGUCGGCCUGGAACGGCACCAUUUAGUCCCCUGGGAAGAGUACAUCUCUAAAACAGACCCCACCAUCUCUACAACUGUGAUAAAUAUUACCAAGUCCAAUGCAUAAUAUGGUAAUGGAUAAUGUCAUAGAGCAAAUGACAGGCAACAGAACCUUGUAAAUGUUUAUUUAUGCAAAUACACCUGUUAUUUUGGUAGUCUUAACGGGUUUGAGGGUUUUGCAUUCGACAACAAACUACUCAUACACACAACAGCCUCUCCCUGAUAUCACUAUUAUUACAUUCAUGUGUUCCAUAGGCUAUCAGGAAAUAGUUUCCAGUAGGCGUAAAAUAAGAGAUUUUUUUUUGAAACAGAGGGUAGUUACUACCUGGACUUGAACAAUAAGAAAUGCUCAUUUUUAGUUUCAAAACGUUUUGCCACGGUGUUCCCUGCUGAACACUACUCUUGUGUGUACUCUUAAAUAUGAUGUCUUAAAACAGACAUAGUAUAGAUCCUUUAUUUUUUUACAGGAAAUGUAUCUAAUCAAAUAACAUUAAAGUAGGUUGUUGUUUUGUG